CCCAAUCUUUGGUCACAUCUUCAUCUUCCUCUUUCCUUUUUCUCUUCAAUCAAAAAAAUUGGAUAAUGUCUUCACUCGUUUCACCACCACCUUCAUUUCUCACUAUUCCUUCACACAAAACUCAUUUCUUCUGUUCCAUUCAUCACUUCCUCCCACUUCAACUUCCACCAAGGAACUUCAAAUUCCAACACAAAUGGAAAACACUAGAAUGCAAAGUUACAACGAAUUUAGAUGCUCCACCGUCAACGUCAACGGCGUUAGCGAAAGAACCACACAAAUACUUCGAUCAGGUAGUUAUAACCGUUCGUGGAGGAGACGGAGGUCACGGAGCAAUAUUGAAUCAAAAACCUAAAAAAGAAGUUGAAAAAGGAAAAGGAAAAAAAGCGAUUAAUGAUAAUAUUUACAAGAAAAGCGCGUUGAAGAGAGAUUUUGAUGGUUCUUUGAUACUACCAAUGGGAGGUCAUGGUGGUGAUGUUGUUAUUUAUGCAGAUGAAAGUAAAGAUACAUUGUUAGAGUUUCAUAAUAAGAAUCGAUUUAAUGCCAAACGCGGUGGAAAUGUUGAUGCAGUUGGCGUUUUUACUUCUUAUUUGCGGAAUGGAACUUCAGCACCUACUGUUCGUAUUCCUGUUCCUCUAGGUACAGUUGUGAAAAGCAAACGGGGAAAGAUGUUAGCUGAUUUAGCACGACCUGGUGAUGAAGUUCUUGUUGCGAGGGGUGGACAAGGAGGGAUUAGCUUGUUAGAAAUGCCACGGAAUAAUAGGAAAAAAACGACGAGUUUGACAACUAAUGUGAUGAGAGAUGACUCCGAUAAGGUUUUAGUUCACGGUCAACCUGGAGAGGAGAUUAAGUUGGAGUUGAUCCUACGAGUUGUAGCUGACGUUGGUUUGAUUGGACUUCCAAAUGCCGGGAAAUCAACACUUUUGGCAGCCAUUACACUUGCAAAACCUGAUAUUGCCGAUUAUCCUUUUACAACAUUAAUGCCAAAUCUUGGACGCCUUGAUGGGGAUCCCAACUUGGGAGCAGGGAUGUAUUCAUCUGAGGCUACAUUGGCAGAUUUGCCUGGUCUUAUAGAAGGUGCUCACUUGGGAAAGGGUCUUGGUCGCAAUUUUUUGAGGCAUCUAAGGAGAACCCGUCUAUUGGUCCAUGUUGUUGAUGCAUCUACUGAAAACCCUGUAAAUGACUACAGAACUGUCAGAGAAGAGUUGCGCAUGUAUAAUCCUGAGUACCUUGAACGACCAUACAUUGUUGUUUUGAAUAAGAUUGACCUGCCAGAGGUUAUAGAUAGGCUUCCAACACUGACUCAAGAAAUUCAAAGAAUUGGCAGUGAUGGUGCAGCUUCUGAACCAAAACCAAGCUCUGAAGUUUCUGCUCAAUUAUUGUCCGAUGAAAGUGAUACAAAGGAAAAAACACUUGAGGAUUAUCCACGACCUCACUCUGUUAUUGGAGUUAGUGUUCUAAAGCGUAUCAAGAUUAAGGAGAUGUUAAAGGAAAUAAGGGCCGCUUUAAGGCAGUGUGUUGAUUCUAGUGAGACAUUGGCUUCCAGUGUGCCACUGCGAGAUCUUGCAGUUCAACAAGGCUUAAGGCUUUCUAGCAAAAACUACACAUAAAUUGGUUUUGGUGUUCAUUUGCCUUUUAUCAGAGAACAAAGAUUAAGAAAAUUGCUAAUUGGUUUUAGAAAAAAUACUAAUGUAGAAGAUUUGACACCUAAGAAUAAUAACUCUAGUUUUUGACACCUAAGAAGCAAAAUCGUGCUUACGGCUUACCAACUUUUUCUUUUGUAGAAGAUUUGGAAUUUAGUGUCACUAAAUUUUUUGAUCGAGAUGUGUAUCACAUCAUGUAGUCAAAGAGUUAUGACCGCACACAAGCUAGAUCCUAGGAACCAUGGUUUUGGAAAAGGGUUAGGUUAAUGUGUGCCCUUAGGGCACAUUAUAAAGUAUCCUAAUAUAGAAAUACUACAUUUAAUAAUGUAAGAAAUUUAAUGCAUAAAAGUAAAAAUGCACAAAUUCUCAGAAAUAAUUUC